GUGCAGUCUAGCAGGGGUGGCAGCAUGGGGGACUCUGAAUCAGAGUCCACCUUGCAUAACAACUCACUGUGGUGGCUGGCAUGUGGGAUGUUAGCUCUCUUGGCCAACUCUUGGAUUAUCCUCAGCAUCACGGCCAAACAACAGAAACACAAGCCUCUGGAGCUGCUGCUGUGCUUCCUCGCUGGCACGCACAUCCUUAUGGCAGCAGUACCCCUCACCACCUAUGCCGUGGUGCAGCUGCGGCGCGAGUCCUCCGACUACGACUGGAAUGAAAGCAUCUGCAAGGUCUUUGUCUCCACGUACUACACCCUGGCGCUGGCCACCUGCUUCACAGUGGCCUCCCUGUCCUACCACCGGAUGUGGAUGGUGAGGUGGCCGGUCAACUACCGCCUGAGCAACGCCAAGAAGCAGGCUCUGCACGCCGUCAUGGGGAUCUGGAUGGUGUCAUUCAUCCUCUCCACCCUGCCCUCCAUCGGCUGGCACAACAACGGCGAGCGCUACUAUGCCCGUGGCUGCCAGUUCAUUGUCAGCAAAAUAGGGCUGGGCUUUGGUGUGUGCUUUAGCCUCCUGCUGCUUGGAGGCAUCGUCAUGGGCUUGGUGUGCGUGGGUAUCACCUUCUACCAAACCCUGUGGGCGCACAGAAGACGCCGGCGGUGCCACCAUCAGAGAGCGGAAGAAGCGUCAUCCUGCUCUUCAUCAGCGCACACCACUUUCAAUGUGCCAGCCAUUGUGGUGGAGGAUGUACGAGGCAAAAGGAGGUCUUCACUGGACGGCUCUGAGUCAGCCAAGACCUCCUUGCAGAUGACCAACCUCAUAAGCGCCAUUGUCUUCCUGUAUGACACGCUCACUGGGGUGCCUAUCUUGGUCGUGAGUUUUUUCAGCCUGCGCUAUGAUACGGCCCCCACCUGGAUGGUUCUGGCUGUGCUCUGGUGUUCCAUGGUGCAGACCUUGCUGCUCCCCUCUUUCAUCUGGUCCUGCGAGCGUUACCGAGCAGAUCUCCGCACCGUGUGGGAGCAGUGUGUGGCUAUCAUGUCUGAAGAAGACACAGAGGAUGAUGGUGUGUGUGAUGAUUAUGGUGAUGGCAGGAUCUGCAAAGUGAGAUUCGAUGCGAACGGCGCUGCAGCUGCGAAGCGGGACUCGCGGGACAUCAAGCUGCUGCCCAUGCACCACAUGUUGUUGCCCCAGGACAAGGUGCACUACCUGCAGGUCCCUAUCUCACGGAGAAUGUCACAUGAUGAGACUAACAUCUUCUCCGCCCACCGCUCUGCUCCAUCCUUCCUACACAAGUGGUCUUCGUCUGACGACAUCCGCAUUUCCACCCCCCGCAAGCCUGGAGGCCCUGGUUUCUUGCCUCCCCAGCUGCACGACUACCAGCACCGCCGGCGGCCCCCAGAAGAUGAGCUGACGACCCUACGGCAAUUUUUGGAGGGGGGGCUGUUGCCCCGGGGCUCCAGCUCCAGCGCCUGCUUCUUCCGAGAUGAGAUCACCACGUUCAUCGACGAGACGCCACAGCCCACCCCAGCCUGCAGCCCACGGCACUCCCGUCUCCUGCUCGCAUCGCGCCGCGACCGCCGCCUCUCCCUCGGCAGCAGGGAGGAGGAGAAUUCCGACCGGCCACGGCGCUGCUCCGUUCUUGGCAAUGAAGGCUGGCAGCUGCAGGACGGAGAGCAGGCGCCGUGUGAAAGGACCCUAGAGGCCUGCGAGCCACAGACCUUCCAGGACCCCAAACUAUGAGAGACAGCAUCAAAAACAUUCAGUGCCAUCACAGUUUUUAAAUAAAACUUCAAGCCUUCCCUUUGUCCCGGGACCCAAUCACUAAUUUGCAUUUUCAUCUUUCUCGCCAGCAGGCAGAAAACACGGCACCCCAUGCUGGUGGGGGAAAAAGAAGUGGGACAGAUCUGCAGAAGGGAGCACAACGGACGGACGGAUGGACAGACAGCCUGUGCCUGCUCUCAGGUUACAAACACAUCCACCGCUGCCACCGCCACUUGGCACCCUUGCCAGUCCCGUCCCUUUGUGAACUCCACCCUCGCAUCCGCUCUGCCCUAAGAGACAAGGCAGACGCAGAAUGGUAUUAAAAUUCUAUAUUUGGAGUGUCAAUCGUGUGUCUGUUUUUAAAAUACUAUAUUAGUAAUAAUUUUGUUUCCAUAGAAACAAAAUGAUUGGCCCGAUGUUUAAUGAAGCUUCACAGGCUUUUGGAAGGGAAAUGCAGAAUGUGCGAGGCUCCUUUCCUCCCUCUUCAUCCUUUCUUGUCAGUUCCUCUGAAAGGCAACAGAUGCUUAGCAGCCCGAGAAAGGGAGUGAUGCCCUUAGAGGAGUUGUCAUGGGAGACUGGGUGAAAGGUCUUCUGUCCAUUUCAGAGUGGAGCUAAGCAGCAGAGGCCUUGGGUUUCUAACAUUGCUCAGCUAAAGGUUUUGCUUAGAGGCAACUCCAGGCUUGGAAAGAAUUCUCUCCAAGAAGAGCCUGACCCUUAACAUCUUAUUUCACCAGUGCAAACUGUUGAUUCCAGUGCAGACUUCGUGUGAAACUUCAGAUGGCCUGAACUUUUCAGCCAAACAGAAAAACUGACAGAGGCUUCUGGGGAAAGGCUCCCUCAACUGCUCACACCAUCAAAGCUGGGAGUGGUGAGGUCUGGAGCAGGCUCCUGCUCCAGACAUAGCUCUUGUCAGGGAGAUGCAAGAGCUCCGUGUGGGAGAUGGACCUUCUGGCUGGUGCUGGCUGUGGUCCCAGCCGUGGGCAAAGGUUUGGCAGUGUCAGAGGGAGAUAGGUAGCCCUUCACCCCCAAAGCAGUUUUCUAUGAGAUGGGCGUAUGAAGUGUCCGAGCGUGACUCCAAGGAGAGGCCUCGUUGGAGGCGUCUGGGUGACCCACGCCGAAGGGAGGGAGGGUU